AAGGAAAAUUGUGACUUUGAAUAUUCAAACUCAGCCAACAUAUAAAGCAAUAUCCAGUGUUGUUGGUUAUUUAAAAGGAGCCACAGUUCCUGAUAGAUAUGUCAUAGUUGGCAGCCACCACAGCAGUUUGCCUGGCUACAGUAGUGAGCAGUGGGCUCACGGCACAGCAGUAAUGACUGCACUUAUCCAAGCCUUGAUGAGGAAGGUAAAGAAAGGUUGGAGGCCUGAGCGGACCAUCAUUUUCUGUUCAUGGGGAGGAACCAUGUUUGGCAAGAUUGGUUCCUACGAAUGGGCAGAGGACUUCAGGACAGUUCUCCAGAGGAACGCUGUGGCAUAUGUGAAUCUCCAUGAUCCAAUAAGAGGCAAAGGCAUUUUAUACUCCAUAGCAUCUCCUUCUGUUCAGCAACUAGCAACUGAAAUUACAAAGAACUACAAGUUCACCUGUCUUGGGCCAGAGAAAUGCAUGGAAUCCAAUGCUAGUUCAAUUCAAAUGCAAGGGGAUUCUGAUUAUUUCAUCAACCAUCUUGGAGUCCCGGCUUUGCAAUUUUCAUACCAGGAUUCAACCAUGUUAGAGACAGCAAGCUUUCUUUCUGAAGCUGUUUUCCCUGUGUCUUCGACAAUAUCCACAAAGCUGGAUUCUUCCUUUCGCCUGCACGAAUCCAUCACUAAGGUAAAGGCAAUUAAGAUGUCUCAUCUCACAGUGAUAUAAGCAUUUCUUUCAUGUGAACCAAUCAUGAAUGAAUAAUUCACUGUUUUCAGAGGUGUUUGAAAGCAUUUAUUGAUGAGCCUCUACUGACAGUUUGAUUGAUGA